ACAGCCACCAGCCGUGUAGCCUACGCAGCCUGCUGGGAGUUGACGUCGUGGCAGCCUGCUUCUGGUUAGCAAAGUUCGAGCUGAGUCGGGAGGUGAUCUUGAACCUUUGGGAUCAAACAAAGCAGCACCAACCACCAAGGCCACCCUCACGGUUCAACGUGCGGAGGAGCGUCGUGAACGAGAUUCGCGAUGGAUGCUCUGUAGACACAUCACACACACGCGCGCAGUUCUGGGGAAAAUACCGACGACACAAACAUAAAACCUGCUAGGCACAAUAUUUAAACACACUAAGUAAAACGGACGUCAUUCUAAGUAAAUAUUACACGUUGCAGAUCGAUAGCUCAAUCUGUAAAGUUACUCAUCCAGAAAACACACGCAUAUAACUCCAUAAUUAAUCAAGCUACUUUGCAGAUACAAGAAAGACGAGCAGAUAACUUAAUACCCUGUGCUGCAUUACAUAGUUACCACACGUGCACCCAUUAUAUACAUAAUCACACACAUUUCAUAUAACGUACACACACAUUGCACGUAAGUUUAACAUAUUUGGUUCAGUAUACAAUUCACACACCACCAAACUACAGUAUAUAUACUUGCAUAAAGGCCAAACAUAAACUACGUAUCUACAAAUUACACGAUCACAUUACACACACACACACAAUUAUUAUACAAUACACACAAAGGUUACAUCAAAGUCCACAUUGGACAUUCUCUGCAAAUAUAACUGGCGUGCGGUUUACACACAAGAGGCAUUAAACAAGCUUCAAGCUCCCCCCGUUGAGCCCUCGGGCAGUCUUAAGUGCUGUUAGCGAGCACCUAAUAGGUCAACUUUCUCAAUAAGGUCAGCUCACACAUAUACAUACACACCCUCAGCCACCAUGCCCUCUCUGUCCACCACAUCGUCUCGGCUGCCAUUGCCGAUGGUCCUGCUGAUGCUGCUGCUGCUGAUCGUGCCAUCCGACGCUCAAAAGACCCCACGGAGAAAAGUCUCCACCGCCAAAUCGACGCAAUUUUCCGUCGACCUGUACCGCGCGGUGGGUGGCACGGCCAUGCGGGGCAACGUGGCGAUGUGCCCCAUGGGCCUGGAGCCGCUGCUGGGCAGCCUGCAGCUGGGAGCCAGGGGCAACACGCGGCGAGAGAUGGAGAAGGUCAUCGGGACGAGCGCGAAGGGUCUCCGGGCCACGCGGCUGCCAAGCUCCCUUCGCUCCCCCCUCCUCACCCGAGCCUUGGCACUCUUCAUACACGGGGGCGGUGUGGCCCAAGAAGUCAGCGCGGGCCGAGGGAGCGGCGCGGUCCGGCCGGGCGGCGCGGUCCGAGGGGGCGGCGCUGGCAGCAGGAAGGGGCUGCGCGCAUUCGCUCAGCGCUCGGCGGCCGUAUUUGGCACGGAGACUCGCCCGCUGCGCUCGGACGGGGGCGAGGCCGCAGCCAGACAGGUCAACGCGUGGGUGCUCAACCACACGCACGGUGCCGUGAAGGAUUUCCUCUCCCCGGAUCAGCUGCCCCCGGGGCUCACUCGCCUCGUGCUGGUGAGCGCUGUGGUUCUACGCGCCGUCUGGCUGUCGCCCUUUGACCCCGCGCACACCAACCCGCGACCCUUCACCUCACCGGGGCGGCCCGUGAAGAUGGUACCGGCGAUGCAACGCACGGGCGUCUACAGAUACGGUGAAUUCGAAUUGCCCGGCGGUAACUUUUACGAAGUUUUGGAGAUCCCUUACGCUGACGGGCGUACUGCAAUGUGGGUGGCCCUGCCACCUCCGGACAAAGAUGGUUCAGCCCUGGCGGCACUGGAGGGCAGCCUGACGGGACGUACCAUUGUCGAGUGGGAGGGACAGAGCAGAUCAACCCGCCUUACCCUGCAGUUGCCCAGGUUCACGGUGGAGAGCAAGCUGGAACUAAAGCCGGCACUGCAGUCCCUGGGUCUCAGGGAAAUGUUUGACGAGAGAAGAGCCAACUUCAAGGGCAUCACGGCCGGGGAGCAGCUCUACGUGUCGACAGUGCUGCAGCAGACGCGCGUAGAGGUGGACGAGAAGGGAACGCGAGCCGUCUCGGCCACAGGUGUCGUCGCCCUGUUACGGUCCUUCAUUCCCACCUUCGCCUGCGAUCGGCCGUUCCUCUUCAUCAUCACUCACAAACACACAGAUUCCAUCCUCUUCAUGGGCCGCGUCACCGACCCAUAGGACUCCGUCUCCCCCACGACUCUUAAGCAUGACCAUAGGUUGCCGUGGGUCAACGAGUACGUGGGCUUGCACACCUAAAACGACGUUCGUAAAACGUAUUCUUUGCACUUAGAAGGAAAUGUAACGUUAGUGGCUGUGCACUAGGCAUGUAACGAUUUGUCGAUUUUAAGUCGAUUCCUACGCUUACGAUGUGUGCAUCGGAUCGCGCGCGUGAGAAUCGAUGAGUUAUGAUUUGUAAAAGCUGUAUGCAUAUUAGAUGCAAAUGUGUUUAGGAAAAUACAACUAAAUAUACAAACGAGGCAGGCAAUACGAAAGUGAAACAAAAAGAAAGAAUACUUAUUCUUGGUUCUUUCGGUAAAGUCACGUAGAAGGGAAAUAAUAAAAUAAUAAAAAUAUAAAAUAAAAUUCACGACGUUUCGACUGCAACACAUGCAAUUAUCAUCCGGUGUGAAAUCCACAAAAAAGUGGCGUUUUUUUUAACGUUAAGAAAAAACCGCCACUUUUUUUCAAAUGUUCUUGCUGUGGAUUUCACACCUGAUGACGAUUGCUUGUGUUGUAGUCGAAACGUCGUGAGAAUUUUUUUUGUUUUAUAUUUUUAUUAUUUUAUUGUUUCCCUUCUACGUGACUUUACCAAAAGAACCAAAAAUAUGAAUCCCUGCAGUCACGAAAGCUUUAAAUCAGAAAGAAUACAGUAUAAGGUUUAUAUAAGCACAACUUAUAUAAGUAAAUGUUUCAUACAUGCAACAACACAUCCUUACAUGAUACUGGUGGGGGGAGGUAAAGAGGUACUUCUGAUAGAAGCACACUACGGCUACAAGCACAUGUGCUUUGUGCCAAUGGCUGCGAGUAUAUCCACCACCGACUGCAUGUCGUAUAGUAUCGACCCAGCAGCAAAAUGAGACGAAAAAUAGUCGAUUGUUUCAUGGAAAUGACUCCAAAUUGUGACAAUUGAGGGGAGCUUUGGAAAAACUUGAUAACCCACGUAGAUAUAUUUUGAAAACCUGAGCGGGCUGCAUGUCCUUUGGGCCUCUCCCUCCUUCCAGCCAGCCACACUUAUUUCUACAGUAUGAACAACCAUGGUAGCUUCAUUGGAAGACUUUACAAUCGCCUUUUUGAUAGUUUUAAUAGCAUCGUCUGUCCACAGAAUGCAAAACUAUUAACUUAAUUCACUCAUUCCAUCGACUGAAUCCACCUACUCUUAACUUUUGUGCAUGAUUACGUUUUACAGGACAGGAGAGGAGCUGAAUAUUAGUUAAUUUGUAACUUUUACUUAUAUUUGAUAUUAAAUACGCUAUAUAUUUGUGUAUGAAGUGAAACGUAUAAACUGCGUGGAGUGUGAAAUGCUUGCGAGUUCACAGAAUUUUUAAUCACCCCUUUUGAGUAUGUCCAGAUAUUGACAUCUGUAAGACAACAUUGGGCUUGAGCGAUUCCCUUGUGGUGAAGUGCUCUUCACUAUUAAUCUGGCAAGCAGAGUUUGGUUUACGGGCACGGCUAACAUCAGUGGCCUUUGAUUCCUGAUAACGGUCCUGGAAGCUGCCUUCACCAAUCCGUGCCGACCAGCAUGGCAAAGUUCAAACAACUCCCAUGACCAAUAGGGCAAUGGGAGGCCCCUCAUCCAGUCGUGGGCAAAGAGGCUGUAAAGAUAAGUCCGGUAUAGAGUCAUCAAACAUUACAUUUAAUAUACUAUGGACUUAAUGAUGUUAUUGAUGUUAGUUACUAAUAUACGAGUGUCUUUGUAACAAAGUUGUUGGCUAUUUUGUACUGCUUUUUAAAAUAAAUACUUCUACGUGGCAACAACUCCACAAUUAUAUCCAUA